AUGAAUACUUGGCAUAGCGGACUUUUUGAUUGUUUUUCCGACUGGAACAUAUGCUGUUACGGUUGUUUUUGUCCAGCAUGCUUAUUUGGUGAAAAUGCGGAGAAAAUCGAUGGAAGCAGUUGUUGUAACUCUGGCUGCUUAUGGUAUCUCAUGUCUGGAUGGGGUUUAUGUUGUUUAACGCACAUAGGAAAACGCAAAGCUUUACGUGAACGUUUCAAUCUUGGAGAAGAUUGUAACGAUUGUUUAGCGACAACAUUCUGCAGUGUGUGUGCUAUCUGUCAGGAAGCGCGUGAACUUAAACACCGGCUACCAUCAACGGAAGGUAGACCAGUGAUAGCUCAACCAAUGAGUGCUGCCUAUAAUUCGUUCGGGAAAUCUGAACUGAAGAAAUGA